AUGGAGGAUGGAGAUUUGCUACUCUACGCAGACGCGGAUAGCACCACGAACGGCGACCUAUCCGCGUUAUACGGCCUUGCAGCUGGUGACGGGGAAAGCUAUGCUUCUGGUGGGAAAGUGGACGGGCUUGUAUCGAGGAUGGCGUUGGUCGAAGGGGAUGACUCAGACGGCGCCGUUAACAAUAUCAUUAAAUGUUCCUAUCUCCCCACUCUCCCUUCCUCUCUCCCCUCCCUUUUCCCUCACAACUUCCCUGCUCACCCGACUGUCAUCCUUCCCCUCCCCCAAUCCCACGCACCUUCCCCCUCCCCCACUCCGACACCCCCCUCUUCCCCCAUGCCGCACCAAACCUGUCAGGUCGAUGCAGGUUUCUCUGUGUGGCGGCGCGGGCGGCAGUCAAUCCAGUUCGCCGCCCAGUGGCUCGGGUACAUGGAGGACCCGCGCGUGUCAACGGACCUGCCGAACCAGCUGGGUCGGCCGAACCACGCGUGCUUCAUGGACCACCGGCACGACCAGUCCGCGCUGGGGCUGCUGGCGAAGCGAUGGGGGCUGCACAUGUGGCCGCAUGAUGUGGUGGAGGAGGUUAUCAGCCACCACUGGAACAAGGAGUGA